ACACGUGUGCGCUCCUCCGCUCCGGAGCUGCUGCUGCUCCUGCUCUCAGCGCCGCAGUGGAAGGCAGGGCCGGACCGCUCCUUCUUUAAAUAUAUAAAUUACAGCCCGGGCCAGCCUCGGCGGCCCCCCUUCCAGCGCUCCCGGCGCCCCUCCCGUCAGUUCGCCGGCUGCCAGCCCCGGGACCUUUUCAUCUCUUCCCUUUUGGCCGGAGGAGCCGAGUUCAGAUCCGCCACUCCGCACCCGAAACUGACACACUGAACUCCGUUUCCUCCUCUUAAAUUUAUUUCUGCCUACUAGCCACUCGUCUCUUUUUUUCCCCCCAUCUCGUCGCUCCAAGAAAACUUUUUCUUACUCCCCAAAGUUAAGGUUCCCCCUGCCCAUCGUGUGUUAAUAUUUCCACUUUUGGAACGACUUGCAUUUUCUUUUUAAAGGAAUUCAAGCAAGAUACCUUUUUCUGUUGGACAUUGACUCUCAAGACUGUUUGCAAAAGUUUCGCAUUAAAAAAAAAAUCUACCUGAUCUGUACUUUGUUAUUGGUUUCCUUUUUUUCUUACUUUUUUACCUUUUUUGUUUUUAUUUUUAUUUUUAUUUUUUUAACUUUUUCCACCUUUAAAAAAAUGCACUACUGUGUGCUGAGCGCUUUUCUGCUCCUGCAUCUGGUCACGGUGGCGCUCAGCCUGUCUACCUGCAGCACGCUCGAUAUGGACCAGUUCACGCGCAAGAGGAUCGAGGCCAUCCGCGGGCAGAUCCUGAGCAAGCUGAAGCUCACCAGCCCCCCAGAAGACUAUCCUGAACCCGAGGAAGUCCCCCCGGAGGUGAUUUCCAUCUACAACAGCACCAGGGACUUGCUCCAGGAGAAGGCGAGCCGGAGGGCGGCCGCGUGCGAGCGCGAGAGGAGCGACGAGGAGUACUAUGCCAAGGAGGUUUACAAAAUAGACAUGCCGCCCUUCUUCCCCUCCGAAACUGUCUGCCCAGUUGUUACAACACCUUCUGGCUCAGUGGGCAGCUUGUGUUCCAGACAGUCCCAGGUGCUUUGUGGGUACCUUGAUGCCAUCCCGCCCACUUUCUACAGACCCUACUUCAGAAUUGUCCGAUUUGAUGUCUCAGCGAUGGAGAAGAAUGCUUCCAAUUUGGUGAAAGCAGAGUUCAGAGUCUUUCGUUUACAGAACCCAAAAGCCAGAGUGCCUGAACAACGGAUUGAAUUAUACCAGAUUCUCAAAUCCAAAGAUUUAACAUCUCCAACCCAGCGCUACAUUGACAGCAAAGUCGUGAAAACAAGAGCAGAAGGCGAAUGGCUAUCCUUUGACGUAACUGACGCUGUUCAUGAAUGGCUCCAUCAUAAAGACAGGAACCUGGGAUUUAAAAUAAGUUUACAUUGUCCUUGCUGCACCUUUGUACCAUCUAAUAAUUACAUCAUCCCCAAUAAAAGUGAAGAACUAGAAGCAAGAUUCGCAGGUAUUGAUGGCACCUCCACAUAUACCAGUGGUGAUCAGAAAACUAUAAAGUCCACUAGGAAAAAAAACAGUGGGAAGACCCCACAUCUCCUGCUAAUGUUGUUGCCCUCCUACAGACUUGAGUCACAACAGUCCAACCGGCGGAAGAAGCGAGCUCUGGAUGCAGCCUAUUGCUUUAGAAAUGUGCAGGAUAAUUGCUGCCUACGUCCACUUUACAUUGAUUUCAAGAGGGAUCUUGGGUGGAAAUGGAUACAUGAACCUAAAGGGUACAAUGCUAAUUUCUGUGCUGGAGCAUGCCCGUAUUUAUGGAGUUCUGACACUCAGCACAGCAGGGUUCUCAGCUUAUAUAAUACCAUAAAUCCAGAGGCAUCUGCUUCUCCUUGCUGUGUGUCCCAGGACUUAGAACCGCUAACCAUUCUCUACUACAUCGGCAAAACACCCAAGAUCGAACAGCUUUCUAAUAUGAUUGUCAAGUCUUGCAAAUGCAGCUAAGAUCCUUGGAAAAGUGGCCAGAGGAUAAUCCCAUGGUGAUGAUAAUGAUGAUGACAACGACAAUGCCUGUAACAAGAAAACAUGAGAGAGCCUUGCUUCAUCAGUGUUAAAAAAAAAUUUUGAAAAACGGUACCAGUUCAAACACUUUGGAAGUUUGUGUUCUGUUCGUUAAAACUGGCAUCUGAAACAAGAAAAGUUGAAGGCUUUAUUCUACAUUUCACCUACUCUGUAAGUGAGAGAGACAAGAAGCAAAACCUUUUUUUUUUUUAAGAAAAAAAAUAAACACUGGAAGAAUUUGUUGGUGUUAAUUAUGUGAAAGAAAAAAAAAAAAAAAACAGGAAAAUCCCGUUAAGUGGAGUUGCUGUACAUACUGUUCCUAUCCCGUGCCUCACCUGAUUUUUCUGUAUUGCUAUGCAAUAGCUGCCCUCUUCAUUCUUACUCCUAGAGUUAACAGUGAGUUAUUUAUUGUGUGUUACUAUAUAAUGAACAUUUCGUUGCCCUUGGAAAAUAAAACAGGUGUAUAAAGUGGAGACCAAAUACUUUGCCAGAAACUCAUGGAUGGGUUUAAGGAACUUGAACUCAAACGAGCCAGAAAAAAAGAGGUCAUAGUCAUAGGAUGAAAAUCCCAGCGAGUUACUAUAUGACCAAGCAAGUCUGCAUUGAGAUAAAGACCCUAAAAAGACCCGUUAUGUACCAGCUGACUAAGGAAGCUUCUUGUAAGGUUCAAAACUGAAAAGCCUGUUAAUAAAGAACACUUUCAGUCAGAAUAAGUCUGUAAGAUUUUUUUUUUUCUUUUUAAUUGUAAAUGGUUCUUCGUCAGUUUAGUAAACCAGUGAAAUGUUGAAAUGUUUUGAUAUGUACUGGUCAAACUUCAGACCUUAAAGUAUUGCUGUACAGCUCUGCUAUAGGGUUUUCCUUCAUUUUGGUAUAUGUAACCAUACCUAUAUUAUUACAAUAGUUGGGUAUAGAAGCCAGUGUAAUUGGAAACACAUCUGGAGAUCUCUUUUGCAAACUAUUAAAUCAAAACGUUAACUACUUUAUGUGUAAUGUGUAAAUUUUUACCAUAUUUUUAAUAUUCUGUAAUAAUGUCAACUUUGAUUUAGAUUGGACUUAAAUUUGGGCUCUUUUUAAUGAUUACUCAAAGUUGUGUGUUUCCUGUAGCUGGCCAGUACUUUUGAGUAAAGCCCCUAUAUUUUGACUUGCACUAGAAAUACAUGUGUUAUAGUAUUCACUCCACCUGUGCUUUGUGCUUUCUUUAUUAUUAUGACAUAAGCUACCUGAGUUCACGUGUUCCUUUUUUUCCUUUUAUAAAAAGGAUAGAUUUAAGUUCAGUAGUCUUCCUUCAUCUUCUAAGCAUCAUUACUAAUCAAUUCAGACGUUAAAAAUCUUCUACUUUAGGAAAAUUGGGGGAAUACUAUAGAUACAUAGAUAAUUGAGGUGAAAUGUGUUAGUUUUAGCAAGGGCUUAACCAUCUGACUGAAACUCAGAAUCUUGAUGACUGAGUUAAGAAAGGUUUCUCUCACUUGGUCUAAUGAGCAUUUUCAUGGAAUUCUCUUAUUAUUAAAGAGCAGACAGUUCAUAGGAAACAUCAUUUCCUUUAAUCAGGUUUCUAAUGUUAAGGGGGAAACGAAAAGAUUUACAUUUUAGUCGAUUUUUUUUAAGGGAGAAGAAAACCCCAGGUCAGCAUAAGUCAUUAGUUUAUUUCCCUGAAGUUAAGGUUUUUAUAGAUGUUCUUUGAAAGUUGGAAAGGCUCAAGCCGAAUUCUCCCAUGAGCAAAACAUUCUUUCUUUCCUCUGAAUGAGAGUUCUCUGUAUCCGAGUCUACGAUUUAUCUUGCUUUAAUGAAUGAUUUCCCACAUCAUUGCAGAGAAGGUAACCUUAUGUCAGAGUUUGUAGAAUAUGUCAGUUUGUCAGUUGUCUCUUAUUUCAAGACAAAAAUUAAUAGGUAAUGGAGUAUUUGCAGUUUCACCUGAAAAGCAGCACAAUGAGGUGUGAAUCCAAAGUGAAGUUCUUUGAUAGAGGAUGCUUCUUUUUUGGAAUUUCCUGACCCUUAAUUAAAUUGAUGAAUUGGAUUUGCAAGUUCGAAAACUGGAAAGGCAAGCGAUGGGAUGCCACAGUAGUAAACAACCCUUGUGUUGGAUGUAAUCCAAUCCCAGAUUUGAGUUUUUUCUCUUCCACUUUUCUAUUAAUUCUAUGUAAAUCACUUUUAUUUCUGCAGGUAUUUUUUUCCUCUCAGAUAGAAUGAUCUUUUGUUUUGUAUUAUUUUGUCUUUCCUCAUGAAUGCACUGAUAAUAUUUUAAAUGCUCUAUUUUAAGAUCUCUUGAAUCUUUUUUUUUUUUUUU